AUGAGUGAGCACCGUUCAGCUAAUGAAGCACAGAAUAUCACUGAUUUGAGCAGUCUUCAGGAUAUCUUUACUUUUCAGUUUGUCCAAGGACGUCCGAUAACAAAUAUAAUCAUGGCUAUUCUUUGGAGCAUUGGGUUGCCUAUCCUAUUAUAUGAACUACUCAAGCCAAGACUAGGACAAGUAGUUGCUAUGAUCAUUGCUUCUUGUCCACCAUUAGUCAUUGUUAUCUCGCGUAUGCUAAAGACGAGAAAACUCGAUGUGCUAGGCUUUGUUGCCGGCAUCAGUUUUUUGAUAUCUGGAAUUAUAUCUAUUGCCCAACCCUCUCCACAGGUGUCUUCAAUAUGUGAAUCUAUUGUUCCUCUGCUCGUAGGUGUAUUUUGUCUUAUAUCCUUACUACCAAUCAAGAUUGGUAAAUUCGAAUUACGUCCCCUUGUCUUUGAGGUCACAAGCCAAUUGAUGCCUCGGACAGAAAGAAAUAAAGAGUUAUCAACCAACGACAAGCAAAGACUCCAUAAUCCAAGGAAUGCAGAGAAUAAGGGUGGGCUGCUUGACUGGGUAUAUGGUCAUAUGGCAAAGAUCAGAAAUGACUUGAGGAUCUUGACAGCGUGCUGGGGGAUAGUGCUUGUUGUUGGGUUUAUCGUAAAGGCAGUCAUCGCAUCCACUUCAACCGAUGUCAGCAAGGCACAACACUUUGGGUACAUCUUUUUUACUCUAGCCACCCUGGCUAUGAUGGCUGUAUCUUUUAUGUUUACAAAGCUAAUGAAAAGACAUGUUAAAGAAGAAUCAGAACAAAUGGUGAGGGAAGGUUGUAGUAAUGUGCAGUGGGGUAUAGAGGCAAUGUCUAUAGGCUUUAACCAAGUCACGGGCUAG